AUGAGCGAUAAAGGUCUGUCAGACGAGGCGGUGGCUGCAGCUUGUAAAGAUGGAGACCCAAUAACCAAGGUACAGUAACUGUUCAACUUUUAAAGAUAUGAUAAAAUUCUUGAAACUGUCCAAACUUGCUAACGGAACAGGCUAGCGACCCACUCAUAGGUUAACCUGCUAAACAUGAUGUGUCCAUUAUCGGACAGGUGUAUGUUUUACACUGUAUGUAAUUUAAUAAAACUAUGACAAGUGAACGAAUCAUGAUCAAAUGACUUCUACUUCCUACUCAUUACAAACUUUAUGAAGUAGCAGAAACACAGUGUUCAAGUCUGCUGGAGCAAGUAGAAAAGUUGGUAUUAAGGCGCGGCCAGACCUGAAUUCACGGCACAACACAUGCUGAGUCAAAAUGCAGGUGGGACUGGAAACAGCCAAAGUUGGCAGUCUUAACAGCAUUUUUUUGCUUGAGCUUGUAUACUAAGCUGGUUAACUUAAGCUGUUGCAAGCUCAAAGCUGUGCACGUUAUUAUUUUCACUUCCUGACAGGUAACUUGUCCCCUGCUGCUCCGCCUGCAUUCAUUCACUGAAUCAUACAGACUGACCUGUGCUGAAGUUCAACUCUGAUUUCUCUUGUUUGACGAUCAUGUGAAGUCCUGUGCAAGAGUGAAAAUGAACCUUUUGGAUCAUGAGCCGGUUUUUCAUCAGUGUGACUUUGCUUGAACAAAUGACUCAGAGUUGAGAGUUUUUCUCUAGUUUCAGUCUAUUAAAUUAACAUGUCAGACAGGCAAAACCAGGCAAAACCUUCACCAACCCUUCCAAAAAGACAGGAUGCCAAAGGUUUCCUUUGUCCCCAGGCUUUGUCCAGAGCUGUGAUAUCUAAGGUUGAUUUUAGGCUUUCUUUACAGGCAUUUGGCUGAGCAGAUGAGAAUUGCACUGUUGCUUAAAAUAUGAUGUUUAUGGCCUAAAUGAUAAUUUUAAGACAUUUCAUUUUUCUAGAUCAUUAUAGUCUCAAAAAUUAUGAUAAAAAUAAUGAAAAGUGAUCAAUAAUUUUUCCUUAGUUUGUUCACUGCUGUAUAGCUAACCUUUCAUCCAGACUUUUCAAGCCGUCAUCUAAAUGAUUAGAUCAGGGUUUUGAAAGUCUCCCCCUUGGCUCCCAUCGUUUACGCCCCUACCCCUCUCUUCUUGUUCACUUCCUGCAGAGACAAACACGACAACAACAACAACAUGGCUGCUUGCAUGAGCAUUUACUGUUACCACUGAAGAGUUUAUUACAGAAAAGGCUUUGGCGAGUCAGUUGUUUGGAACUGGUUUUGUUUUACAUAGUCAGACCUUGAGCAAACCACAGUGUUUAGAGUUAUGUCUUUUGUCAUUUGUAGUUUCUUUUGAAGAGAAAUAUAUAUAUUUUUUUUUAAUUAAAAUUGUUUUUGCAAAAUAAUAUUUUUAGCCCUGAUAGUUAUUUCAUUUUACCCCUCUGCUUUACUUACACACACAGCUAUGUUGCUCUCUUUGUGUGUGCUACAUAGGCUGCAGGACAGUUUCUAAAGCACUGUCACAACAUAUUAAAGACACAACAGUUCCCUCUGGACACAAUUUGUUGCAUCCACAACCAGGGACAUCCCGAUCUCAACUAUAGGAUCUCACCUCGCCUUAAACACAAGUAACUUUGAGUUACAGUGGACUGUAGGUUCGCCUAAGUGUAUGUACUUAACUAGAGAAUAAUGAACCUGUGUCAUGGUAUGUUGUCAGCACAGUUUGUAACAACAAUAAUGAUUAAAAACCUGCAAUUGUAGGGUGUUUAUAGCCUCAUAUAUAGAGCCUGUAGUCCUUGUUGCAGUGGUCACUGCCUUGACCCUGUGGUGCAUGUCUCCCCCCACAUUUCUGGUCUCUGGUCAGCUGUCUAAUACUUAAUAAAUGCCCCAAAACAAACCUUAAUAAAUGAAGUUAGCUCUGACCUUUGUCCCAUCUCGCUGCUGAAGGUCCCUGCACAUUGGCUUGAUUCCUCCUUUGUUGAGUGUCCACAUGCAGUUUGACAUGCACAUACAGCGGACAGAGCAUGUUAAACAGAUCAUGGCUUUACUACAAUACUAACUGGACUAAGUUACGUGAAAUAAACUACUGAGAAACUUCAGUUUGACUUCAGGAACAUGAGAACAGUGUGCAGCUUUGUUAUCUGCACAUCUGUCUGUUUUGUCCAACUUCCUGCAGCUCAACCAGGACUAAACAGAGGUUGUAGUUAUUGGUCCUGAAGGCCUGAGAGAGACACUUUUACCAAAACUACAAGAUUUUAAAGUAUCAACAUCUGUAAAAAACCUGGGCGUAGUUUUCGACUCUGAGCUCAGUUUUAUUCCACACAUCAGAAACAUAGCAAAGGUAGGUUUUUACCACCUUAAGAAUAUAGCCAGACUCCGCCUGUUUCUCUCUGAGGCCAGCACAGAAGUGCUGAUGCAUGCUUUUAUCUCCUCUCGUUUAGGUUAUUGUAAUGCCCUGCUCUCUGGCCUCCCAAAGAAGAACUUACAUACACUUCAGCUAUUACAGAAUUCAGCUGCAAGAGUGCUGACGAGAGUCAGAGGGCGGGAGCAUAUAACGCCAGUUUUAGCAUCACUGCAUUGGCUCCCCCGUCCGUUUCAGGAUUGAUUUUAAGGUUCUUUUAUUCGUUUUUAGAUGUAUUAAUGGUCUUGGCCCUUCCUGAUUUAUUUUUACCAUAUCAACCCUCGCAGACCCUGAGGUCCUCCGGCACAGGCCUUUUAACCUUACCCAAAUUUAAAACAAAAACACACGGGGAGGCUGCUUUCAGUUUUUAUGGUCCCCGGUUGUGGAACAGCCUGCCGGAGAGCCUCAGGGCCGCAGAGACUGUUGAUAUUUUUAAGAAGAGGCUCAAGACUCACUUUUUUAACCAGGCUUUUUACUAAUUGCCAUUUUAGAUUUCUCUUAUUGCAAAUGUUCAUUUUAAUCAAGGUUCUUAAUGUUUAUUUUAUGUCAUUCUAUUCAUUAUCUCUGUUCUUAGCCUUUUUUAAUUUUCCUGUCACAGGUUUUUACUUCUUUUACUCCUUUUAUUUAUUUGUUCAUUUAAUAUUAUUAUUUUCUUAUUUUAGUCCAUCAGGUUUUACUCUUUUCACAAUUUUUAUCUUUAUUUUUAUCUCCAGUGUUUCCUAAAGGUAGCUCGUUCCUCAUGUAAUGCGUCGGUGUCAGGCCAUGUCUCUUUAAAAUUUUAUCUUAAAUUCUCACACUGUGUGCGGUUGUGUGUAUGUGUGGUUGGGUGAGUGAGGGUGGGUGUGUGUCUCUGUGUGCGUGUGGGUCCAUGGGUGUGUGUGUUGGUGGAAGGGUUGGGUUUUUGUCUUUAUUGUUGUUUUUAGCCUCUGUGAGGCACUUUGAAUUGCAUCUCCUUUUGUAUGAAAAGUGCCAUAUAAAUAAAGUUGAAUUGAAACUGAAUUGAAUCUUGGCAAAUUCAAGUGUCAGAUCAGGACUUGUUAUGGGCAAAUUCUCAUUUUAAAAAAGUCAGCUCAGGACUGGGGGCCAAAAAAGCACAUCAGGAAAACUUUUCUAUCACUUAUUAUGAUACCACUUCAGUAAGUUGACACUUUGAUACUCUCAAUCCUCUCCUCCUUUUGCUGUUUGUGUGCCUGAGAGUUAACCACAUCAUAGAUCCACUACAACAUAGCUGACCCAGCUUCGAUGUGAGGUCUGAAUAGAAGGGAAUUCAACUAAUUAUGUCAUUUUUUUCUUCAUUCAUUCAAUUUAAAGUACCCUAGGAAGCCUGAUAAUAUUCUAAUACACAACCUACAGAUUUGACAUUCUUAGUUUCACUUCUCUGGAAAUGGGAUCGUCCACUGAGGCUCUGACAGAUGUAGUAAAUUAAGUUUGACACGUUUGAGCCAUAGUGAGCUUCAGAGAAACCGGAUGUGCGGCAACAUUGUGUUAGUGGUUUCUGUGGACAUGUUGGUACAUUUUUACGCGAAGAGCUUGACACCCUCAGAGGAAGGGUUCAGGAAAGGGUAGCAGGCGCUUGCUGAAGAGAUAACGCUCUUUUGUGGAAAACUCAGAGGAAAACUAAGGUCAAAAUUAGGAACUGGUGGAGGAAACCAGGGCCAAGGAGAGGUCUUUAUUUGUUCUUAAGUUAGAUUAUACGGGUACUAAAUAAAAUGUACACUACAUAUCCAAACCAAGCAUGGGGUGAGGGGUCCUUGCACAUCCCUUAAAGAUACCUGCAAUCUAGGGCAACUAAUGAAUGAUUAUUCUGGUGAAAAGACCCCGUAAGACUAAAGCAAAUGCAUGUAUGUAAAGCAUCAAACAUGUCUUUGCACAGAAAAGUAGGGAGUACAGGGAACAAAUCCAAGCAGGCCUGAGUUUGGCACUGCUGUAACGCUGACCUGAAAACUUCUCACAGGUUAGUGAUGAUCACGGAGUUUAAGACGCUUGGUUUCACAGCCAUGCACUCUGGCUAAAACAUUUUUUCACAAGUGAGUGCCAGCGUACACGUUUUCUCUUGCUGGAAUUCACACUCAGAAAAAAAAGAGAGAAGAUCCGUCCUGACCUUAAAAUUGAUCAAAGCUCCUUAGAGGUAAAGUCAUGCUAAAAAAAUACAGUUUCAUAUUCAUUUAAAAGGCUCAGCAAAUCAAAGGACUGAUUAGUCUGAAGAUAAAACAUCUUGUAGCUUUAUAAGUGUUUUUUUUUUUGCACUUGUGGAAUCCUGUUUUUGCCACAGUUAUCUGUCAAGAAUCUGACUUUUUUGUCCUGCAUUUGAAAGAAAAAAUAGACCACUGUCCAGUCAUAUUUGUAAUUUAUUAGUUGAUUUUUUUAAAUAGGGUAUAAUGAUACACUUAGUCCACAGUAUGAUGGAUCACUAAUUUUAAUGCUGGAUUGAUGGUAUGGCUUGUUUAAUGCUUUAUUAAAGGUUGUAAGGAACUCAUUUUUUUAAGCAUUUAAAGCAGUGGUCUUUGUUAAUUGUUAUUGGUGAUGAUUUUAUUUUUACUGUGUGUUACACCUUGGCUACUUUAUCCCCUGUCCAAAUAACAUGUGCUUUUAUUUUGAAAGGAUAUAAAAGGUACUUUCAUUUCACUUAGCUUUACUCAUCAAGCUAAGCUUUGCUGAGUGUGUUAACGCCUCCUACAGAUGCAUUAGCUCUGACUAUGUUGUAGUGGUGUCUGCUCUGCCUCUCUCUCUCUUUCUGCUACCUGUAGAGAAGGUGUGGAGGCACUACUCAUUGCACAUAUAAGGGAGUAGAAAGAGCGAUUACUCGUGUUAAUAAACAGCAGAGUAUCUGCCUUUAUGGAGGGAACGGUUAAGUUUUUGUCCACUUGCUCAGGUAUCAUCUCUAUGUGCAAGACACUGACUGUGGGUCUACUAAAUCCUCCUGUGCAGCUGCUGCGUCGGUAGCUCUCAAUUAUCACACAUCACAUUAAACAAGGCAGGUCUCAGGUGAAUCACACCCACUACUGUCACAACCUUGGCUUGUGUAUUUACUGUUCUGUUUUGGUUUGUCUGUCUCAGGACUACAUGAUGCAGCAAACGAUGCUGCGGGUUAAAGAUCCAGUGAAAUCCUUGGAGUUUUACACCAAAAUCCUUGGCAUGACGUAAGUAGUCCCGUCCUUUAGGUCAGUGACCCCCAAAUAAAAGUUAGUGUAUCUGUUUAUCUGUGUGUGGAGACUUGUUCUCAAUCAUAAAUGUGACAUUAUGACCAAAGUGGACUUUUCUCUCUGGUGUGCUAAAUCUCCCAGGCUCCUACAAAAGUUCGACUUCCCCUCCAUGCGCUUUUCUCUCUUCUUUUUGGGAUAUGAAGACAAAAAGGAGAUACCUACAGACGUGAAGGAACAGACAGCCUGGACUUUCUCUAGGAGAGCCACCAUUGAGCUGACACAGUAAGGCUUAAGAUCCAGAGACCCCUGCGCACACACAGACUAAAGGCAAUAGAAAGAAAGACCUGAGACUGUGCAUAGCUGUUGUGGAUUUGCUAGUCUGCGAUAAUGUAUUGCAUCCACUCAAAAAAAUAAAAACAAAACAGUUUUUUUUUUUUGAGUAAUUUUUUUUCUUUGCUGUUUUUCGGACUAAUUUUGUUUCUUCUGUUUUUUGUACUAAUAUUUUUUUCUCCCUCUUUCUGUUUUUCGGACUAAUUAUUAUUAUAGAUUUUUUGUGGCGAGUUUUAGCCUUUAUUGAUAGGACAGGUUGGAAGUAGGGAUGUAACGAUAUGAAAAUUUAACAUCACGAUUAUUGUGACCAAAAUUAUCACGGUUAUCGAUAUUAUCACGGUAUUUUUGAAAUAUGUUCAAAAUGUUUAAAAAGUACUUAUACAUGCCCUGAAAUAAUUUCACAACAUUUUAUUUUGGAAAAAACAAUCAAAAUAACACGCAGAAUGAACUUUUCUUUUACCUUAAAUAACAGGAACGAUAAGCUUAAAAAAUUAAAGAUGGGGCCUGAAAAGAGCCAGAGGUAAUCAACACUAGUACUAGUAAUAGCAAAGUACAAAGUAAUGUGCCAGUGGCAUAAACAUUAACAUAAUAACAAAUAAACAGAAUCUUAAUAAAAUGACAUUCCUUAUCGUGCAAAUUGUAAGAAUCUUCAGUGCUCGAAAAGAUCUACUCUUACAAAUAUGUAACAGAGCAACACUACCAUAUGAAACAAUACAACCACAUGUAAACAAAUGUGUAGUGCAAGUGUUUAAAAUAACAUAACAUAUGUAAAUAAAUCAAAUCAACUACCUUGACCUGACUUAAAGAAAAGAGUAUCUCCCAGUGUCUCAAACCCAAAAGAAAAUAAAACGUGAUUAAAUUAAACAAGUGGACCAUGUUUGCUUCCAAUAAAUCGAGCAGAGGGUUUCAUGAUUCCAGAGAAUAGGAAAAACAAUAAGUCUGAAAAACAAAACAAGAAAUAUAGUCCGAAGAAUAGAAGAGAAAAAAAAUCCUCUGAAAACAGAGUUUGUUUGUUUUUUCUUUUAGGGUGAAUGCAAUACGCUUCCAUGUUAGUCAGUUCUAUGUAUAGCAACAAUCCAGAUAUGCUUGUUUCACCUGGCUAAGCUGACCUCAUUUUUCUCCUUUAUUUCAAAGCUAUUCUUCACUUGUAUUAACAAACAGACUUGUGUAAAAGACUUGAACAUUUCCCCCAGUGGGAUAAAUAAAGGAAAGAUAUCUUCUCUUAAAACACUCUGAAAAUGAUCAAAAUAUUCAUGGCUCAUCCAACACUGCCUAGCACAGCACCACAGGGUCUGCAAUGAAUAAAUGUCAAAUUGGUCUGCCAAGUGUGGCUAUCAUUAGCAGCAGCACCACCAGCCUUCGGUCCUCCUUGCAAGAUAACACCCACAUGCUGCUUACACAUUGCUCUGCUUAAGUGGUUAUGUGCCAGUUGAACUUGCUACAGGCUCAAUACAGUGUUAUCUCCAUUUUCUAGAUCAAAAUGCUGACUAGCACCACACUACAAGAUGACAUCUGUUAUCUAGACAGUAGAACAAUAUCUCAUGGCAGCACUCAGUAACUGAAGCUAAGGCCUCAGCUUAGACAAUGUUUGAUUUGCAUUUCAGGCCUGCGAAAACAAAAACUGUAAAUAAUUUGUUUAACUAACUAGUAGUUCUGGUUUUGACAGGCAAAUAUGAUGACACCCAAACAUAUAAAUCAUAUCAUCACACACUUCCCCUGUAAAAACCAGCCAAAGAAAACACACUUUGAACUCUGAGACAUAAAAGGUGUGCGGUUCAGGUUUCUUGGUUUUCUUGUCUUGCAGUAACUGGGGCUCUGAGGUUGACGAGAGUCAGUCUUAUCACAAUGGAAACUCAGAUCCACGAGGUUUUGGUACGUUUGUUUCCCUGCUUUCAUUCACUGACUUUACAGGCAGAAAAAGUUUUAUUCAAGUUAGAUAGAUUCUCCGUUGUCUCAUCAGAAAAGUUUCUCUUCUGCUAAGAUAAACUUAUACAAAUACGAUCAUUUGGACUUUGUGUCCAGAGAGUUUGGUUCAACACUUUGACAAGCUGUGCUUAAAUAUUGAGCAGUUGUCUAAGAAGCUUAUAAGGGCAUUUUGUACUUAGUUUUUUUUUUUAACUUUCCUGAACCACCAGCACUGUGUUUGCAUGUUUUUGGAUGUACAUGUUUUCUUCCUGUGCCUGUUGACUAAAAACCACCUCUAAAUGUGUCACCUAAGUGUGCAUUGAUGGUGAACAACAGCCUCUCUUUGUCUCUUUGACAUUUGCCAGGACACAUUGGAAUUGCAGUUCCUGAUGUCUAUGCAGCGUGCAAACUGUUUGAAGAGCAAGGAGUCACAUUUGUCAAGAAGCCAGACGAUGGUAAGAAGUGGCACUGGUCAAUACAAGGGUCGAAACCAGAAGUUUACAUACACUAUAUAAAAAGGCACAUAACCUUUUUAUUCCUCACUGUCUAAAAUUAAAUCAGAUUAAACUUUUCCUGUUUUUGGUCAAUUAGGAUUACCAAUUUUUUUUUAUUUGUUAAAUGUCAGAAUAAUGAGAGAGAGAAUUUUUUAGACAAUUUUUAUUACUUUCUAGAGAGUCAAAAGUUGUCAUACACUUAGAUGACUAUGCCUUUAAACAAUUUGGGAAAGUCCAGAUGAUAGGUUUAGAUGGUGAGAAAAAAAAGGUUAGGUGCUUUUUUAUAUAGUGUAUGUAAACUUCUGGUUUCAACUGUAUACUGUGUGUGUGUGUGUGUGUGUGUGUGUGUGUGUGUGUGUGUGUGUGUGUGUGUAUUUCAAAUAGAAUGACUUCAAAAAUAUAUGAAGCUUGAUUUGCUUUGUUUUGAACACUUUUACUCUAACACAGAGGAAUUAAAUUAUAAAUAAAGUUAAUUCAGGGAUACAUAAAGAUACCCCAGUGAUGAACUGACCCUAGAAGGUGUAGAAUGAAUCAGCAGCUGUUUAUACUUUUCUCCUUUUACAUAACAUCCUCUGGAAUCAGGCAUAGCAUUACAAUCCUCUGGCUGAUACUGCCUUUUUCAUCAGGUCAUGGCCAAUACAGCCCUGACUUGUCAAAAUAUGGACUCCACUAGACCUCUGGAGGUGUGCUGUGGUAUCUGGCACCAACACGUUAGCAGGAGAUCCUUUUAAGUCCUGUAGGUUGUGAGCUGAGGUCUCCAUGGAUCAGACUUAUUUAUUCAGCACAUCCCACAGGUGCUUGAUGGGAUUGAGGUCUGGAGAAUUGUUGGACCAAGUUGACACCUUAAACUUGAGAUGAAAAUAGAGUCCUAAGACUAACCUUAUCCGUUGCACCAUGGUCCAUUUCUGGUGCUCAUGAAUCCAUUGGUAGCUUUGUUGGUGGUGGACAAGGGCACCCUGAGAAGAAGAAUGUUAUUGAUCUCCGUAGGGAAAUUCAGUGUCUAUCAGUCUAACAAACUGUGUAUUUUGACACCUUUGUGCCAGAACAACCAUCGACUGUCUGAGUAAUUUAUGCUCCAGUAGGUCUUCAACCUACACCAAUACAUAUAUUUACAGAUCUAUUUAUGCAUGUAUUUAUACUGUAUAUAUUACAUAUUUUUAAGUUAUGUUUGUGUUAAUUUUUUGCCUAUAUUAAAUUGAGCAGCCGAUGAGAGACAUGAAAUGUGGGGAGCAGAGAGUGAGAGAAGACAUGCAGCAAAGGGUCGAGACUGGGAGUCAAACCAGCACUGGCCUCUAUGCAAGGCCUGUUUAAACUGCUAGGCUGUCAGUGCCCUGAUGGCCCAUAUUUAGUGCAGAUUCCACUUUGUUGUUGUUGUUGUUGUGCUUUCUUCAUUUCAUAAAAUAUGACAAUUUAAUAAAAAUAAAGCUGUAGUUCUAUUUAUAUCAACACCCACUUCUCAAGGUUAUCUGGGCCACAAACAUGUCAAUGUGUAUUAAUUUAGGAAAGGAAACCAAACUAUGUUGUGCUAUGCUUGAGAUGUUGGAAGAUGACGUAUGAAUGGCAGAAACGAUAAUAAACUCGGUUGUUCUUGAAACUGUAAUACUCGUCAGUGACCAUUAGAUUUGAUCUGCAGUCAUUGUAUGUGUCACUGUUUAAGGGGAUGUUGAUGUUGCUCUACUGCAGCUACAUUGGCGAGCCUUCCUGCCGUGUCUGCAGAUGGGAUUUGUUUAUUUUAUUUGUUCAUAAGCCUUGUUAUCUGCCGAUGCUGAUUAUUUAAAAAUGUCAUUAAUCUCUUCUGCCAACCACCUCUUCAUGAAGUGCACCCCUCAACCCUGCAUAGCAGAAGACACUUGCACUGCACAUGCACACAGGAUACCAGUCCCAGUGUGACACUCUUAAGAUUAUAAACCAUAAUUAAGUCAAAUACUGACACAUAUAUUUAAGGACAAAUGAUGGCAAUAGAUGGCAAGGGGGCUCAUUGCCUCUGCUAUAUUUGCACAGAUUAAUGAUGUGUGUGCUCAAAUACGAUGGACAUUCUCCAGGACUUGUGGGGCUCUUGACAUUAAUGCACACAGUACUGACAUUUUGCCUCCUCUCCACUCUUAUUUCUUCCCAGGUAAAAUGAAAGGCUUGGCCUUUAUUCAGGACCCUGAUGGUUACUGGAUCGAGAUCCUGAGUCCCAAUAACAUGGUCUCCAUUACCUCCUAA